AAGGUGGUCCAACAGGUCUUAAAAACAACAACAGAGGCUCUGAUCCAGGUCAACAUCCAGAAGAACCUGGUGGGCUCAGCCAUGGCAGGAAGCAUCGGUGGCUUUAACGCACACUCAGCCAACCUGGUGGCUGCCAUCUACAUUGCAUGUGGACAGGAUCCAGCUCAGUCAGUGGGCAGCAGUAACUGCAUCACACUCAUGGAGCCCUCAGGACCAACAGGAGAGGACCUGUACAUCACCUGCACUAUGCCCUCUAUAGAACUGGGUACUGUGGGAGGGGGCACCAACCUGCCCCCKCAGCAGGCCUGCCUCCAGAUGUUGGGUGUACAGGGAGCAUGUCAGACGUGUCCAGGAGAGAACGCACGUCAGCUGGCCCGGAUCGUUUGUGCUACAGUUCUAGCUGGAGAGCUGUCGCUGAUGAGUGCACUGGCUGCAGGACAACUUGUCAAAAGUCACAUGAUACACAACAG